UAUUCUCAUCAAAUUAGUGGUCACUGGGGACUCCAUUUUCCCUUUCAUCUUCGUUUCGACAGAUCCUAGGCUAAACACCAUUGCAAAAAAGUACCUGAAUUUGCAAUAAUCCUAUGGAUCUGUUGGCUGAUACCCAAACCCAGAUCCUGGGUCUUGCCGUUGCCCUUGUUGCCGUUGUGGUUGCAGCCGUUUUCCUGUUUUCUAGCAAGAAACGCAAAGGCUGUAUAGAUCCUGAAAAAUUCAACCAGUUCAAGCUAGUAAAGAAGACACAGAUCAGCCAUAAUGUGGCUAAGUUCAGAUUUGAACUUCCAACACCCACUUCUGUUCUGGGUCUUCCCAUUGGACAGCAUAUCAGCUGCAAGGGUAAGGAUAGUGUAGGUGAAGAUGUCAUCAAACCAUAUACACCAACUACUUUGGAUUCUGAUGUUGGACAUUUUGAAUUAGUUAUUAAGAUGUAUCCACAAGGAAGAAUGUCACACCACUUCAGAGAGAUGAGUGAGGGUGAUUAUCUUUCUGUCAAGGGGCCUAAGGGACGUUUCAAAUAUCAAGUUGGUCAAGUUAGAGCGUUUGGGAUGGUUGCGGGAGGAUCUGGCAUCACCCCUAUGUUCCAGGUUGCUAGAGCCAUACUUGAGAAUCCAAAAGACAGGACAAAAGUUCAUCUUGUUUAUGCUAACGUCACAUUUGAAGAUAUUCUCCUGAAGGAAGAGCUGGAUAGCUUGGCAGAGAACUAUCCUGAUCGCUUCAAAGUUUUUUAUGUACUGAAUCAGCCUCCUACUGAAGCAUGGAAUGGUGGUGUGGGUUUUGUGUCAAAGGAAAUGAUUCAAGCCCACUGCCCUGCACCAGCAUCUGAUAUUCAGUUCCUGAGGUGUGGCCCUCCUCCGAUGAACAAAGCAAUGGCGGCUCACUUGGAAGCUCUUGGUUAUACACCAGAGAUGCAAUUUCAGUUUUGAAUCAGGCUUAACAUGUAUGUUGUUGCCCAACUACAUUUUCGUGUUUAGACAUCAGGACUCUUAAAUCAACUUUGAUGAACUAGAACUCUUUUCUUUCAUUUACUUCAAUAAAAGUUGAUUUGUUGUUGUUGUCA